AUGUCCGCCCUCAAAGUGGGAGAUAGUUUCCCCGACGAUGUCGUCUUCUCCUACGUACCAUACACGCCAGAGUCCUCCGAAAUCACCGCCUGCGGCAUCCCGAUCAACUACAACGCCUCGAAAGAAUGGGCGGAUAAGAAAGUCGUGCUUUUCGCCGUCCCUGGCGCCUUCACCCCGGGCUGCUCGGUGCGCCAUCUACCAGGGUACAUUGAGAAGCUGGACGAAAUCAAGGGCAAGAAGGUCGAUCUCGUCGCCGUGCUGGCCUACAAUGACGCCUUUGUCAUGAGCGCCUGGAGCAAAGCCAAUGGGAUCAAGAACGACGACAUUCUCUUCUUAAGCGAUCCCGAGACGAAAUUCUCAAAGUCCAUCGGCUGGAACCUUGGCGAGCGCACCGCUCGUUAUGCCUUGAUCAUCGACAAUGGCAAAGUCACCUACGCGGAGAAAGAGCCUGGGAGGGACGUUACGGUCUCGUCAGCAGCCGCUGUGCUCGCGAAGCUGUAA